CUUGGCAAAGGCACCAAUCGACUUAUCGUAGCUAUCGCCAACCACUUGGCAUACGAAGCCUUUUGCAAAGGGAAUUUCGCCGACGAAACAGCCUUGAUUCGCCUGAAGGCUUUUCAUACGAAUAGGAUUCGGAGACGAUUUACUUUCGAGCUGGCUCGUUUCCUGUCCGUACGAACUCGUGAUGUUUUUAAACGUCAUGGACUGCUCAUGGAUCAAUUUCCACCCCGGCCAAUAGGUUGGGAUUUCACUAGUACUACAAACGAAAACGAUCAUCAUGAUGGCGAUGAGGGAAAUUCGAGUGGCAACGAUGAAGGAGGAGGAGCAGAGGGAACAAGAGGAGGACAAGACAGACACCAAGACAGCAGUCGAGAAGGGAAUCAUGGCGUGGAAGAGAGCAAGAGCUUCGAGCCAGAGGACCUCCCGCACAACAAAAGACGGAGAGACAGACAAGAAGAAGAGCUGCCAAAAAGUUGCUGCCAAAAUGACGAUGAGAAUAGUGAUGGUAGUAGUGGUGAAAGCAGGAAGAAUGAUCGAGAGAGCACUCCUAAACGAAGUCGAGUGCAGGAUGACAGUGUUAGUAGACACGUGCAGUUUUCUUCUGUUAUUACUACGGUAUCUGUCUUUAAUCCUGAGAAUAGCGUAGCUCCCCCUACGACGCUCGGUCCCGGGGUCCCAGAUAGUGGACUAUAGAAACAUUUUGUGUUUCCCG